AUGGACCACGUACAGAAAAUACGUGUGGAGCUGGGGGAGUACAAAAAGCUGGUCGUCGGUCUGCAAACGGAGCUGUUGGAGAUGCGAGAGUCUCACGUCCUGGAAAUGGACUUAAAAAAAGCAGCUGAAAACAUCGAUAGCGCAGUUACGCCACCUCCAAGACGUGUUGCGGAAAUGGCCUGGGCCCUUGAAGACACUGACGAGGAAUCUCCCACCAUUCCAGUGGUGGAGUCCUGUGAACCCGACGAGAUACUCGCGGCACUGUCUCCAUGUGACCAAGCUGACAGCCUCUUCUCCAUUCUAGAGGAAACGGACAGCGAGGAUGCCGCGGAUACCUCGUCAGUGGAGGUUGGAGAUGCAGCAGAGGCCCCAAUCAGCGCUGCAUCCAGGCGGGACCGAGUCCUUCGCGGGCUUUGCGAAAACGUGCCCAAGGAGACUGGCAAACAAGUAAAGACCGUCUUGGCCAUUCCCUGCCAUGAUAAUGACAGCAGCUACGACGUGAGCAUACAGAAGCCGCGGCAGGCCCUUACGCCCAGCUUGUCCAUUGAGACGUCGAGACAGAGCCAGUUCAAUGGAAUUGGCAGUCGGUCUGGCAGAACUAGCACACCUUUACCCUCCCCGGUCCCUGACAUACAUCAGAAGACGGUUAGUGUGGCCAGGGGCAGGGGCAGGCCCAGAGGCAGAGGCAGAGGAAGUGCCAAACCCACUAACGACACGCUCAGUCCGAGUGACCCGCUCAGUGGCGAUGCAGAUAUGUCCAGUGCCAGCUGCAGCACCAGUGGACGGCCGAGUCGUAAGUGUCGUCCCACCUCGUAUUAAGAGCCAAAAAUAAAUGCAAAAAUGCGCAACGACUCUCUCCCUACCAAAAAGUCUUCGAAAUAGAUUUACAUGUUUGGUUCUUAUGUAUAUAUUUUUUUGUAGUUGAUUAGAUAGUUUACAUAUUUGAAUUAAAAUGGUAUUUAUUCAGAAA